AUUCAGUUCUUCACCGGCAAUAUAGCUAUUGCAAAGCAGCUCGCAAACAUUCCCGCAAGUUCUUUUUGUACGCUACUGGAAGUUUCUAUGCCGCCCAAAAAGCGGUCCUUGCGUUCUGCAGGAGCUGCCCCCAAACGUCAAAAACCUAAACCACGUCGCCUCUUGCCUCUUCGACGUCCCAAUGCUGCUUCUAGGGAACUCCGUGAGAGAAUCGUCAGCGAAUCGCCGCUUUUGCGCUUACCCGCUGAGCUACGUCGUCACAGCUUCGAGUUUGUCCUCGGCGGGGCUCUAAUUCACAUCCAUCGCGAGGAUGGGAAAGUGCAGCUCUAUCCUUGCAUUUCCACUAUAUCCGAAGACGAGGCAUAUGCCCAGUCCAAGGUGCCCUUGGACAUCCGUACAGAUGAUGAUAUCCCGCCGUUCGCUGACCGGCACGACAAUUGCACGCCAUCUCUCACUCGUCUCGGAAGAGAACGGCAAAAGCUACGUCGUGUCCACCGUCAUCAACCUUUACACCUGGGUCUGCUUCGAGUGUGCACUCAAGUCUACUAUGAGACCGCACUUUUACCUUUCAACUCAAACGUCUUUGCGGCGAAGUGCGGACCAUCACUAUCUCUAUUCUUAGCUAGUCUUUUAACACAACAACGACGGGAACUCCGUGCGCUUCAUUUCGAUAUUCCGUGCAGAACGACUCUAGAGGAAUGGAAUGAUCACAUCACUCCAAAUCUCGUCAAGUCGAUACCUGGAUUACGAGUAGUACAUUUGGACAUGGCACUAUACCAAAUCGGGAGGCCCAUAUACAACAUCAAUCGGCACCCAGCUGUCCAAGCGUCGGGAUAUGCCCUCUUUGGAGUUCUGCGUCUGCAACGCCUUCCACUCGAGAGGUCACUGUGGUGAUUCGCGACACUCGGGAGGUUGAUGAUUACCACCCUGAUUGUUGGAAAUUCCAUUUGGAAGGAAAGAAGAAGAAAUGGACGCAUGACAGAGCAAACACGAGGAAGACUGCUUUCGGAAUGGGACGAAGCUGCAGAGAAAGAGAAGUCGAAAGAUAAGGAGCUGCGAUUCAAAUUUGGAAAAGAUCAGGUGUAUGGACAUGGCAGGCCAGAUUCGCCUGGAGGGAUAGCAGAACGUAUGCAGGCCUUUCACAACAUCAACACUCGUGAAUUCUUCGAUCUCUGGAGUUUCUGAUAUGGCUUUAUCUCUCAUUUUGACCUCUCAUGCGUAGGUAGUUUAUCUGAAAUAGUUUCAUCUGUAGAACCACAUCUUGCGCUUUGCUAGACUUUUGAAAUAUAGUUAUGCAAUUGAUCGAUUU